AUGCGGGACGGGACCUUCUCUCGCCCCCAGAUGAGCCCUCGCUACCUACAGAGCAACUCCAGCAGCCACACGCGACCCUUCAGUGCCAUCGCGGAGCUGCUAGAUAAUGCUGUAGAUCCAGAUGUAUCUGCCAGGACGGUUUUUAUAGAUGUUGAAGAGGUCAAGAAUAAAUCUUGUUUGACCUUUACUGAUGAUGGAUGUGGAAUGACGCCUCAUAAAUUACACCGAAUGCUCAGCUUUGGCUUUACAGAUAAAGUAAUAAAGAAGAGCCAGUGUCCCAUCGGGGUCUUUGGUAAUGGUUUCAAGUCAGGCUCCAUGCGGCUAGGAAAGGACGCUCUUGUCUUCACCAAGAAUGGGGGUACUCUCACUGUUGGACUCCUAUCACAGACCUACCUGGAAUAUGUCCAGGCCCAGGCAGUUAUUGUACCAAUUGUUCCAUUCAACCAGCAAAACAAAAAAAUGAUUAUUACUGAGGAUUCCUUGCCCAGCCUAGAAGCCAUCUUGAACUAUUCAGUUUUCAACAGUGAAAAUGACCUGCUGUCCCAGUUUGAUGCCAUUCCAGGCAAAAAAGGCACUCGUGUUCUCAUUUGGAACAUUCGCAGAAAUAAAGAUGGAAAGUCUGAGUUGGACUUUGAUACAGAUCAAUAUGACAUCCUGGUAUCAGACUUUGGCACAGAAGAAAAAGAGACUGGUGGUGUUACCUCUGAACUGCCAGAAACAGAGUAUUCUUUAAGGGCAUUUUGUGGUAUUCUUUAUAUGAAGCCAAGAAUGAAAAUUUUUCUGCGUCAAAAGAAGGUGACUACCCAGAUGAUUGCCAAGAGCCUGGCCAAUGUAGCAUAUGAUAUCUAUAAACCUACCUUCACAAAUAAGCAAGUGAAAAUAACUUUUGGGUUCUCUUGCAAGAAUAAUAACCAGUUUGGAAUAAUGAUGUAUCACAACAACCGACUUAUAAAGUCCUUUGAGAAGGUGGGAUGCCAGGUAAAGCCAACUCAUGGAGAAGGUGUGGGAGUAAUUGGAGUCAUUGAGUGCAAUUUCCUAAAACCUGCCUACAACAAACAAGACUUUGAGUACACCAAGGAGUACCGGUUGACAAUAAAUGCCCUUGCUCAGAAGCUCAAUGCUUAUUGGAAGGAAAGGAUUUCUCAAGAUAAUUUUGAGACAUCAGCCUUAGCCAGGACAAUACCGAAGAUUCCUGAUCAGACGUGGGUACAGUGUGAUGAGUGUCUUAAAUGGAGGAAGCUUCCUGGCAAGGUUGAUCCAUCUACAUUACCUGCAAGAUGGUUUUGUUACUAUAAUUCUCAUCCAAAGUACAGGAGAUGCUCUGUUCCAGAGGAACAAGAACUCAUUGAUGAAGACCUGUACUUGAGCAAAGCUAAGAAACAAGAUCAAACUGUUGAGAAGAAGAAUGUGCCAAUGGAAAAAGAGAACCACCAGGUAUUCACUAAUCCACUGAAGAUCCCUACUAUUCAAGAUAUGGAUGAAUUAAAUAAUAGAACAAUGGGAUAUGAGGAAAUUGAUAGCCCUAGCCGGCUUCCAUCUAUUGGAGAAGAUAACAAAACACCUUCUCUUCAACUUAAGCCUCUGGAUUCCAGUGUUUUCCAGUUUUCCAGUAAGUACAAAUGGAUCCUAGGUGAGGAACCUGUGGAGAAACGGAGAAGGCUCCAGAAUGAAAUGACGCCUCCUCUAGAUUAUUCCAUGCCUGGCUCUUACAGGAGGGUAGAGGCAGCUGUUGCUUUUCCAGAAGGGGAGAACAGCCAUGAUAAAUCCAGUUCUGAGAGAAGCACACCACCGUACCUUUCUCCAGAAUACCCGGAAGCAAGCAAGAAUACCAGUCAAAGUAGGGAAGUUUCAGUUCUGUAUUCAGGGGCCCAGGAACAACACCAGGGGUCCCUGCUCCCUGAAGAAUUAGAAGAUCAGAUGCCAAGAUUGGUAGCUGAAGAAUCUAACAGAGGCAGCACAAAUAUAAAUAAGGAAGAAGUAAACAAAGGACCUUUUGUAGCUGUUGUCGGUGUUGCAAAAGGUGUUCGAGAUUCAGGCGCUCCCAUUCAGCUGAUCCCUUUUAACCGAGAGGAGCUUGCCGAGAGAAGAAAAGCAGUUGAAUCCUGGAACCCAGUGCCUUAUUCUUCUGUGGCCUCUGCUAUGACCCCUGCUGUAGCCACUGGGGAGAAAGGAAGAGUCUAUGAGGAGGGUGGAGGUCAUAAUACACCAAAGAUGAAGAACCAAAGGGAGCUGGAAGAACUGAAAAGAACCACAGAAAAACUGGAACGUGUUCUGGCAGAAAGGAAUUUGUUCCAGCAAAAGGUGGAGGAGCUGGAACAGGAGAGGAAUCAUUGGCAUUCUGAAUUCAAGAAAGUCCAACAUGAAUUGGUGACCUACAGUACCCAGGAAACGGAAGGCUUAUAUUGGAGCAAAAAACAUAUGGGCUAUCGCCAAGCUGAAUUCCAGAUUCUGAAAGCUGAGCUGGAAAGAACCAAAGAGGAAAAGCAAGAACUAAAAGAGAAACUGAAGGAGACAGAGACGCACCUGGAAAUGCUGCAGAAGGCUCAGGUCUCCUACCGGACCCCAGAGGGAGAUGACCUAGAAAGGUUAAUUACUAGGGUUUAGUUAUCAGCUUGUGAGUGCUAAUGGGAAGCAUCCCUUAGGACCCCAGUUACUGGUCAUAGAUAAAGGAGGUAGUCUGAAUCAAUUAAUAGGCCACCAAGGAUUGAGGAAUUACUUCUUAGAGAGCUGCAGCCAGUCUCCCUCUGCUUGGUGGCAUUGUGCUUUCUUCUUUCUUUGUAGCUAAUGGAAACUAAUUGUUGAGAAAUGUAGGCCCAUUUUUAAGGAGCUUCA